AUGGGCUGUGAACAAGUAUGGCUUUCCUACAAUCAACUCUUUAUUACCUUCUUCUUUCUCUUCUUUUGCCAAAUCACUUGUUUGCAUGCCCAACUAUGCACUCAAGAACAGAACUCUGCGCUGUUGCAACUGAAAGGAAGCUUUUCCUUGGAUAAAUCUGCUUCUUUGUAUUGUAAUAUCAAUGGAAGCACUUCUUUUCCAAAGAUGGAGUCUUGGAAAAAGGGUUCUGAUUGUUGUUCGUGGGUUGGGGUCGAUUGUGACAACAAGACGGGUAAAGUAAUUGGACUCGAUCUCAGCUGCAGCUGGCUCAAAGGUACCAUCCGCCCUAAUAGCAGCAUCUUCCUCUCCUUUUCCCACCUUCGAAACCUCAACCUCGCUCAUAAUGACUUUUCCAUGUCUCCCAUCUCACGUGAAUUCACCCGGUUCACCGAAUUGAAGCACCUCAAUCUCUCUAACUCUGGUUUUUGGGGCAAAAUCCCAAUAGAAUUCUCCUUCCUAAACAAACUGGUGUCACUUGAUCUCUCUGCAAAUGAUGAUUUGAGAUUGGAAGAAGGCGGAUUUGAGUUACUCAUUCAAAAUUUAUCCAAGCUAAGAGAUCUUGAUCUUGGGCAUGUAAACAUGUCUUCUUCAGUGGUUCCGAAUUCCUUGCUCAAUUGUACUUCUUUAAGAACCAUCCGUCUCACAUCCUCUGGUUUACAUGCAAAUUUCCCUAGCGGAAUAUUUCAUUUACCUCAUCUACAGGUGCUGGAUAUAGGGUUUAAUGAUGCUCUCACAGGUUAUUUACCCGAUUUCAUGAAUUUGAGCUAUCCUCUCUCAAUCUUAAUUCUCUCACACACAGGUUUUUCUGGAGAAUUGCCCAACUCGAUUGCUAAUCUGAAGUCAUUGGAGGUAUUGUCACUCUCUACUUGCCAAUUUCAUGGGUCCCUUCCUACUUCUCUCUGGAACCUUACACAAAUCAGUGUUUUAGAGCUCCAAUCCAACAAUUUCAGCGGUAUCCUCCCAUCUUCAAUUUCAAACCUUAGAAAUAUCUCUUACUUAUACGUUUCAAACAAUAAUUUCACAGGUCCCUUCUUUUCAUGGGAUGCAAACUUGACAGAACUUUUCAUCUUAGAUGUGUCAAAUAAUAGUCUCACUGGUCCUCUUCCUUCACAAGUAAUUGUACCUCCAAAGCUAUGCUUUUUGAGCAUCUGCCGAAACUUAAUCAACGGUACAAUCCCAUCUUGGGUCUUCAAAUUACCCGCACUCAAGUACUUAGAUCUCAGCUAUAACUUACUAAUUGGUCAUACACUUGAGUUUCUAUCUGCAUCCUUAUGGAUUAUUGAUUUGAGCAAUAACAACCUACAUGGUACGGUUCCAAAUUCAACCUUUGAACUACGAAAGCUUACCCACCUGAUUCUUUCUUCAAAUAGCUUUUCCGGCACCAUUCCUGAAUCAAAUAGAUUCAACGAAAAUCUCAUUAUGCUCGAACUACAUAAUAAUAGCUUCUCUGGCACUAUUCAUGAUUCAUUUUCCAUGAGAAGUCGCUUGAAAACUGUCAAUCUUAAUGACAAUGGGUUUGAAGGCCCAAUACCAAAGUCUUUGGUUAAUUGUAAAAACCUUGAAGUGCUAGAUCUCGGAAGAAACAAGUUCGUUGACAAAUUUCCGCAUUGGUUGGGAAAUUUACCGAACUUGCAAGUCCUAAUCUUGCGAUCUAACAUAUUCUAUGGAUCCAUCCUGACUUCUGAGACCAAAUUUCCCUUCCCCAUGUUGCGAGUUCUUGAUAUGGCGAACAAUCAUUUCACUGGUCCAUUGCCCAUAAAGUACUUCAAAAGUUUCAAAGCAAUGAUGAAUGAGGAUUUGCAUUUUGAUGAUUUGUACAUGCAAACUGAUGGUCUUGUAAAACCUUAUUAUUAUUCCGCGACUAUAGUAUUCUACGGAAUGCCCCAGGAAUUCAGAAGAAUAGUAAAAACUUUCACCAUCAUUGAUUUAUCGAGAAACAGAUUCCAAGGGAAGAUUCCUGGAAUCAUCAGUGGGCUAAAUUCGAUUCAAGGACUCAACUUAUCAUACAACAGCCUUACAGGUCAUAUACCAAAGUCGCUUGGUGAUUUGACGGGGCUUGAAUGUUUAGACCUCUCGUCAAACAAGCUCACUGGGGAGAUUCCUCAACAUCUAGUGAACUUGACAUUUCUUGGUGUCCUGAACCUUUCGCAUAAUCAACUAACAGGAAGGAUACCUUGCGGCAGGCAAUUCAGUACAUUUGAACUUGAUUCUUACAUCGAUAACUUGGCAUUAUGCGGACCUCCAUUGUCAAAUUCAUGCAGCGAUUCUGGCCCACCAGAACCACAGCCCUCGUUGUUCCAACGAGAAGAGGAUUCUCAAUUUGCAAGCGGACUCGAUUGGGAAGUUAUAUCGCCCGGUUAUGGAUUUGGACUGGUAUUUGGAGUUGUCAUGGGAUAUCUUAUGUUCUCAUUUCGAAAACCUCAAAGGUUCGUGAAGAUGAUUGAAGGUGUAGGAAACAGAAGAGGGAAGAGGGUAAGAAGGAAUGCUCAGAGACACGGAGGCAGAAGAAAUUAG